AUGGCCCCCCAGCUCCUCCAUCUCCCCGAUGGCCAGACCUUCACCGUCACCCCCGUAUUCGCCGGCCUCGGCUUCAAGAGCCACGAGAUGAACAUGCACCCCAACGCCUUUCCCGUCGGCUGGAACGUCGUCCUGCACACCGAAGAAGAGGUCGAUCCUCGCGCCAACGACGGCAACGACGACGACGACGAUGAUGAUGAUGACGACGACGACGACCGAGACCCGUCCUCCCCCAAGACGCGCGUCCAUCCGUUCAAGCUCCCGACGCUGCAAAGCGACGCCCUCUUCAUCUCGUCCAUCUCCCAGCCGUCCAACUCCGACUUCAAGCCCGCCGCCAGCCCCACGCGCCAGAUCGCCAUGAUGCUUUGGGUGACGCUCUACUGGUACUUCCACCAGCCCGAGCCCGACCGCCGCCUGCGCACUGCCGCCAGCAGGAACACGCCCGACGAGGCCAAGCCCGUCGGCGAGUGGCGCAUCAACAUCAAGCGCGAGGGCGUCCUGCGCGGCCGCAACCUGAUCCCCAAGCUGGAGCGCAUGGGGCUCAUCACCGCCGAGGACCCCUCGUGCGGCACGGGGCUCGACGAUGCCGGCGCCGAGUGGGCGCGCAUGUUCGUCUCGCGCCGCAUGUUCUGGCAGAUCCCCGGCCACCUGUUCCUCUUCACCCUGCAGCCCAACCACAAGGCCUACAACUCGUCCGUCCCGGGGUCGCCCGUGGUUAGCCGCCCGAGCUCGCCCGUCCGCGGCGAGGGCAAUCGCACGCCGUAUCUCUCCAUGGACGGCUUUGCUCGCCUCGACAGCGACCUGCCCGGCGGACCGACGCCGACGAGCGUCCCCCAUGCUCCCGUGGUUCCCAUAGGGCCGUUCUACUCGACUUCGCAUCUCCCGACAUACUUUCCCCCGUUGACACUACAGUACACAGUCACAGACGGCGUCCGACACCCCGUGCGGUCGAAGCCCCCUAGGAUGGGCGAAAUCUUCUACUCGCGCUUCAUCCCUAGCGUCAACCAGUACCUCUCCUUCCGCGUCGCCUCCACGUCGACACACCCCGUCCCGUACCUCGGCCCCGUGGGCGGCAGAGCCCCCGAGCACACGCACCUCGCCCAGCUGACCGACGCCCAGCUCCUCCAGACGUGGAUGGCCAAGCCCCGCGUCAGCGAGUUCUGGGGCGAGUACAAGCCGGGCUUCCUCGAGGGCGUGCUGCGGCAGCGGCACUCGUUCCCCGCCAUUGCGCUGUGGAACGGGAUUCCCUUUGGCUACGUCGAGAUCUACUGGGUCAAGGAGGACAUACUGGGUCGGCACCUGGCCAACGGCGCGGGGGACUUUGAUCGCGGCAUACAUGUGUUUGUCGGGGAGGAGUGGGCGAGGGGGAGGGUGCCUGCGUGGUUGACGAGUUUGGUGCAGUGGUGCUUUUUGAACGAUAAUCGGACCAUGAGCGUUUGUCUGGAGCCGAGGGUCGAUAAUAAGCGGUAUGUCCUAUUUGAAUUCUGUCCUUAG